GAGAGGAGCCCGUUUACACUACUUUGCUAUAGCAGCUAUCUUUAAUGGUUAUUGCGUGGCCGGGAGGAAACCUGAUCGGCUAGAGCCGGCCGAGAGCAGGAGGAGGAGGAGGAGUGGACUGUACAGAGAGAUUACGAAGGGGGGAGAGGAGGAGGAGGAGAAGAAGAAGAAGAAGAAGAAGGGGACGGGGGGAAGGAAAAAACAAAAAAAAUAUAAGAAGAAGAAGAAAAAAAAAAAGGAAAAAAAAAAAAGGAAAACAAACCGAAACAUGUCUUCUGCCUCCCCCACGGACGAGAUCACGGGCGCAGUGGAGAUCAAGCAGGAAAAUGUGAUGGAAAUCCUCUCUGAAGCCAGCAAGGUGCCCCCCGACGGGACUGCGGCGGGAGCCCUGAACCCCGCGCCGCCGCCCCCUCCCGCCGCGGCCCCGUUCCCCAUGGAGCAUGCAGGCACCGCCGCCGCCGGGGAGGAGGGAACGGCGGACCAGGUACUGCUCCACACGGAACUCCUGGCUAGGAAUCACCAUGCUGCCUCCUCUCCCUCCUCCUCCUCUUCUUCUUCUUCUUCCUCCUCCUCCUCACAGACCCCUCUGGCUUUUUCCCCGGACCACGUCGCCUGUGUAUGCGAGGCGCUGCAGCAAGGUGGGAACCUGGACCGCCUGGCCAGGUUCCUAUGGUCUUUGCCCCCGAGCGAUCUGCUACGUGGCAACGAGAGCCUGAUGAAAGCCCGGGCGCUGGUGGCUUUCCACCAGGGCAUCUACGCCGAGCUCUAUAGCAUCCUGGAGAGCCACAACUUCGACUCCUCCAACCACCCGCUCCUGCAGGAGCUCUGGUACAAAGCUCGCUACACCGAGGCGGAGCGAGCCCGGGGCAGACCCCUGGGGGCGGUGGACAAGUACAGGCUGCGGAGGAAAUACCCUCUGCCCAGGACGAUCUGGGACGGCGAGGAGACGGUUUACUGCUUCAAGGAGAAGUCCCGCAACGCGCUGAAGGAGCUCUACAAGCAGAACCGAUACCCCUCGCCGGUGGCGAAGCGCAACUUGGCCAAGAUCACCGGACUCUCCCUCACCCAGGUCAGCAACUGGUUCAAGAACCGCAGGCAGCGGGACCGCAACCCUUCCGAGACCCAGUCCAAAAGCGAGUCAGACGGCAACCCUAGCACAGAAGAUGAAUCCAGUAAGGGGCAGGAGGAUUUAUCUCCCCAUCCACUCCCCACCUCAUCUGAUGGCGUUACCAGCCUCAACCUUCCCGGCCAGAUGGAGCCCGUCUACAUGCAGCAGCUUGGAAACACUAAAAUAGCCUUGAGCUCAUCUGGUGUCUUGUUGAAUGGAAACCUCGUGCCUGCCAGUACCUCUCCUGUCUUUCUCAAUGGUAGCUCUUUUCUUCAGGGACCCAACGGUGUCAUUCUCAAUGGACUCAGCGUGGGGGCUUCGCAGACAGUUACCUUAAACUCGCCCAAAACCACGUCGAGUGUUGUAAGCAACGGGGUGUCCAUUACUGACAUACUGUCAUCUUCAUCAGAAGAUGUUAAGGACUUCAAACUCCUUCAGGCUUCAGUCCCCAAUGCCACAGCAGCCACCUUCAGCCCCAGCAACAUCCCGGUCUCCUUCCCGGGAUUAAUACCGAGCUCAGAAGUGAAAAGGGAAAGCGUACAAACUGCUGCUUCCCAAGAUGGAGGCUCUGUAGUUACUUUUACUGCUCCUGUCCAAAUAAACCAGUAUGGCAUUGUCCAGAUACCAAAUUCAGGAACAAAUGGCCAGCUGCUGAAUGGAAGCAUCGGUUUUUCUUCUCUGCAGCUGCCUCCUGUUUCUGUGGCAGCCUCACAAGGUAAUGUUUCAGUCAAUCCCAGUACAUCUGACGGAGGAACAUUUACAACUGAAUCUUCAACAGUGCAGCAAGGAAAGGUUUUCUUCAGCCCUCUUGCUCCAAGUGCAGUUGUUUAUACAGUUCCCAAUUCAGGCCAGGCAGUAGGCUCUGUCAAGCAGGAAGGACUGGAAAGAAGCCUUGUGUUUUCUCAGUUGAUGCCAGUCAGUCAGAACACGCAACUAAACGUAAACAUGUCUUCUGAAAAUCUAUCCAGUGGAGGACUCCAGUCCCUGGCCUCCUCAUUAGUGAAUGUAACACCCUCGCAUAAUUUUUCCCUCACACCACCAACUCUUCUAAAUGCUGCAGAACUGAACUCUGGUAUCUCAGAGAGCCAGUCCAUGUCAUCACCCGUGACCGGUACCUCUACCGUGAUAUCAAUCAGCAACGCUAACUAUGCAACCCUUCAGAACUGUUCCCUCAUUACCAGUCAAGACCUGUUGUCCAUUUCUACUGCACAACCCGUGCUUGGAGAAAUAGUUUCUACAAGUGGAGACCGUGUCAGCCACCCCUCUGCACAAGUACAUCAAGAUUUUGUCAGAGAACACAGGUUAGUUCUGCAAGCCGUACCUGAUGUCAAAGAGAAUUUCUUACCUGAUUCUGAGAAUAAGGCAACUGGUAAUUUAAUGAUGCUGGAUUCAAAAUCUAAGUAUGUUAUGAGUAACAUGGUUGACACAGUUUGUGAAGAACUGGAAACGGACAAAAAAGAACUUGCCAAACUGCAGACAGUUCAGAUGGAUGAAGAUAUGCAAGACUUGUAACUUUUUUCUUUCUCGCUUUCUGUUUUAAUAGAUAAGUCUCCUGUUGAGGCCCUAACAAGCACCAAGUGUUUUGGUUUUUUUUUUUUUCCUCUUUGUUGUUUGGUGUUUUGUUUUGGGUUUGCUUUUUUUUCCAUUUAAAGAAAACAAGAACAUUUAAAUGGUCUGAAUCAGUGUACAGAGGAAUCUCCUGCAGUGGAAUUAUGUUGCCACGCUUGGUUUGCAUGCAGUGUUCUCUUUUAAGCAGAUUAAAGGAGAAACGAAACACCAGGGCAAGUACCAAGGGAAGGGUACAGGUUUGGCUAAGAGAUACUACCCUUACAACUUAACAAGACUCUCCAUAGUGCAACAUACUCUCAACAGUAAGUAUACACUCCUAACCUUAGAUAGAAAACAAAAAUCUCGCUCUGAAAAGGUAGAAACAAUGCAGUUAUUUUUGCUGUUUACUUCUAGUCCGUGGGCAUUGAGAAAUUUUUAAGGAACUUUAGACGAUACCUCACCGGCUACAUUUGUGUUGUUUGAGGUUAAGAAACGAAGCAAAAUCAUAAAUACUAUUGUUACUGGUGUGUUUGCUUUUUUUCCCAGCAGACUUGCAUUCAAACCAAAAAUCUUGCACCUACAGGUUUCUAAAUGCUACAGCUAGCGUUUUGUUAAUGCACCAGAAAAAGCAUCAUUUGAAACUAAUUAUGCAACUCAGAAGCUUUCUCUCCAGUAUGAAUGUAAAUAUUGUUUCAGUUCUUAUAAGGAGACUUUUUUUUUUUAAUUAGUACAACGGAUUUUAUUUAUGGUGUAUGUUCCCUUUCACUUUAGACGCAAUGCAUUGAAAAGGAAAACGUUUUCUGGCUGUUUAAUUUAUUUUUAUUGUUUGAGCAGGAAGUAAACGUAGUUGUUUCUGACAAGGUUUUACUUUUUUUUUUUUUUUUUUUUUUUUUUUUUUUUUUUUUUUUUAAGUUUUCCAAGCGAUAGACUGUAAAAGUAAAAUGUUAAUCACACUGAAACUAGAAAAUGAACUCCCAGUCUCACAAACCCAGGAGGUCCCUGUCUCUACCCUGUUUGUCGUUGUGUUCAGGGGCUUUUCGUUUGUUUUGUUAGUAAUUUGCGAAUUAGUUGAACAUUUUUUGUGUAUUUUUUACAGAAUUCCACGUGCCUUUCUUCCUAGCGGCCUUAUCUUUGUUACUAAAGCACAGUGGCAGAAGGAAUGAAAACACUGAUUUGCAAAUAUCCGUCCUCAGGGCCAAAUCCUGAUGCUUUACUUCUGCAAGUAGACCCGCUGGCUUCAGCGUCCCUAUUUGCAUGAGGAAGAAGAGUUUUAAGUCUUUCAGUCAUUAUGGGUGACAUUUACUAGCAGUGCAGAGAGCCAAAGACAGGUCCUUCUGCACCAAAUCAGCAGGGCAGGAGGAGUCCAGAGAGAGACCAUGGGCAGAGCCAUAGUGCUGAGGGAAAGGUCUUGGCUCCAGCUGCGGGCAGAUGAGCAGGAAAGGUGGGAUAGGCAGACCAGGGAUGGGAGCCCAAUGUUUACACAGACCCAUUGGCCAAAUAGCCUGUGUUGGAGGGCUUCAGCUGCUCUUCAAGCAAGCAGGCCCCCAUCCAGGAGUGCACUUACAUGUGUAUUUAUGUAUCCCUCCAAAAUAAGCAGCGUGGGGACUGAUGGGGGAACCUGCAACUGCCUGAGGAGCUCGUGGGAACAGCCGUGGUCUCUGCCUGGCCAGGGAUGGGUCUCCUUUCCCUUUGCCCCUUUGUGCUGUGCUAGGGACAGCAGAAUCAGGCAAGCUCUGGGCAGGUGGUACAGAUCUUACCUUUCCUCCAGAGAAGUUUUUGUAGCAUGGAAAAGCACAUCCUUAAGCUUUAAAAUAAUAAGCAAAUGUUUUUAAAAAAAUGACAUGCUGUUAAUCUUUGUGGUUUUGUUAUUUUUUUUGUUCUAAUGUGAAUAUAUACAGUAACUAAAGCAUGUAUUCAUCCUCAUCAGGGGUCUGGUCUGAAGCCUUUGGAAGGCAAUGAGAAAUGUUUUCAUAAGCUUUUGUGGGCUCUGAAUUAGGCUCAGGACAAAACAAGAUCACUUGUAAAGGCCAAAAAAAAAAAAAAGAGAGAGAGAAAGGAAAGAGAAUAGAGAUAGCACAUCCCAAUCUGUUUCUGUCUUGGUUGUUAACUGGUUCUGUGGAAAGCCUUUGAGGAAUGAAGGUUUCUCCUGCGUGCUGCGAGCAUGGCGCAGGCAUCCUCACUGUUGUUUUGCACUAUAUUGAGUACAGCAUGUUUUGCAAGGUAUUCUGUGGAACCUUGAAGCUGAGCACUGUCAAUAAGCACUGGAGCCUCUGCUGUGAGCCAGAGUCUUUGGGGCUGCAGGGAAAAGUGCAGGGAAAGGGAGGAGUGUGCAAGAUGUGCCCAUUGCAGCUGCACUGAGUCACUGAUGCUCUGUGAAGAGAAGCAGCCCAUUAGCAGUUGGCUGUCCUCAAGUGCUCCUGAGCAAAAAGGGUGUUUAAGGCAAGCUCUUUAAAUUGGAGAUUAUCACAAGCAGGACAUGGAGCUAUACAUCCCCCUGGCACAACUUCCCUUGACAUUCAGGGGAUCUCCAUGUGAGCAGGGAAUUGGAUAGUCUAGAGCUCCUCUCUGCUCUGCUUGUUGAUCUGUGUGCUGGGCUCCAGAAUGAGCAAUCUGCUUCCCACCUCUUCUUUUCCCCCAUCCAAGGUAAUGAUGAGAGUAACAGUAGGUGUAUCUGCUUUCCAUUAAUUUGUUCAUUUGGAAAAUUAGAAGGACCCUGUAUCAUUGUCAUAUUAAUGGAGAACGUGUCCACAGCUCUGAAGGAGUUGCUUGGAGCUGAACAUUAUGUCUGUGAAACUCAAACUAAAUUUGGAGGCAAGCUGGAGAGUAUUUCAGAGCACUCUGUGCAUUGUUGACAGGAUCAUGUCUUGUAACUGAAAAGGCUGUGGUUGAAUUUUUCCUCUUUUGCAUUCGUUGUGUUACUGAGGCUCUGAAUUCCAUGAAUUUGCAGCACAGUUGAUGUGAAAACUGUGUGUGGUGUUACCGUGGCACGGAUCUUGGAGUGUCUGGUACUUCUGUUCAGAGAUUUCCCACUCUUCAGUGGGAGCAGAGGUUGUACAUAAAAGCAGUGGUUUGGAACAAAAUAAGAUUAAUCUAUUCUAGUCUUCCAGAUAUCAAGUAACUUAUUUUAUUAUUAUGUUUUACUCUUUCUUUCUCCCGUUGAAAAUGUGUCAUUCCCUCCAGAUAAUGUAGUUAAUAACCUCAUGUCUUCUGCAGGUACAUAUGCACAAUAUAAAGACUCAUUGCACGGUACAGUGUUUUUAAAAUAGAUAUUUAAAUAGUAGUUUUACUCCUACUGUAAAAUAAGGGUCAGGUUUUAUUAUGUGGCCCUCAAGCAAGCAGGCUAACUGCUCUAAAUAAACAGUACACAAGGUCCCAAAAGGUGUCUGGGGACAGAUCUUUGGCUGCUGUAAAUAAGGCAUUGCUCCACUGAUUCCCAAACAGAGGAUUUUACAUGGUGUUUAGGGGAUAUGGAUGCUCAUGCCCUACACACUUGAAUGGCAGUGAGUGUCCAAGCCCCCCAGACAGUCCUGAUUAUCACAUUCUGUUGUUUAAAUGGAAGGUAUGUCUAUCUGGCAUAUAUGUUCUUUCUCUUCCCUCUCUCUGUUAGAGAUGAAAAUAAAGGAUCAUUUCAACUUCACAUAUGCUUGUAACUUGUAAGUCCACUGGAAAUCUUACAGGAAACAUUGCCAAAUUCUACUCUGUUUCUGGUCCCAGACUUAGCUUUGAAAAAUAUGCUUGAAGUUGAAGAAAAUUCCUCCAAAGCAUGAUCUUAAAAAACGCUUUGUUCUUUACUACUUUUAAUUAAAGCUGCCUCUGGUUUACUCAGAGUUUUUCAGAAAACCAGAACUAUGUUAAAUUGAAUGUUCUGUCUGGGCUAUUCACAGCAUUAUUCCUGUGGUCUUACCUAAAAGGACAUUUCAGCCACAUGGACAUCUAUUGGCCAGGUCCUCGGCUGGGUUGAAUUACCACAGUUCUAUUGACUUUUAUGUCCUUUCCCAACCAGCCGAGAAUAUGGUCCAUUCAUUUCACUGGGGUUGGAUCAGGGACAGAUUUGGCCCAGUAGACAGUGGCAGUAUGAACCACUCCACAUAGCUGACACAGUUAAAACUGAAUGGUCACAGCUGAUUGAAGCAUAUACCUCUUUCCAUUUACUGCUUUACCCUGCCUGCGAAUUCAGGAAGAUGCAUUCAGAAAGCUGCUUCAGCCAGAAGUAAGGCUGGAACCACCUUUAUUGCUAUUACUAUCAAUCCAAGAUCAGUAAAAAUAUGGGACAGAUUCUGACUUCAAAUCCUGCAAAAUCACCUCGAUAAGUGUUUUCAGUUAAAUUAAGCAGGACAGAAUUUGGGCCCAUGUGCACAGCCCCACAUGUAGAUUCCCAGUGUCUGUGCACUCUCCUUAGGAAGGGCAGAUGAACAAGAGUGUGCAUCCCUUCAGCUGCACAUGAAAUAAAUGUGCAGGACUCCCCAGGGACGUGAACUGCCUAAUGCUUGUGGUCAAAAAGCAUCUCAAAUCAUGAAAAGAAUAGUAAUCUUGUAGCUCUGGAAACAAAAGUAAUGACCUUUUACAAUCAAAGGAGGCCUGAAGUCUUCCUGUAUCUCCUAGCAGUUAUUAUCUUGAAGGAUAUUUUAUACCUUGUAUGUUUCAUAUAAUUUAAAACUAGCUUCUUACAUUUCUGAACUCAAGGAGGGGGUGAAUCUUGUGACUUUCAGGAUUCACAUUCAGAAGAUGUUUGUUCUUUUGCUGCAUGUACUGUUUGUCCAGAACUAACCAGUUAUUUCUGCGAGAUGGGUUUAUUGUGCCUUACAACAGAUAUGAAACUUCAGCAGAAUGUUCAUAUUAGAGGAGGGAAUAAUCAGAAGUCUUUACUGCACUGUUAGAUGAUGCCGCCUCAGAGUGUGUCAUCAAACAUAUCUGUGCUUAAUUACCCAACCAAAGAGAUCUAAAGUAUAUAUGUUUGUUGUACUGUAAUAGGGGUUUGUGCCUGGACAAUUAAGUGUUUUAUUUGUAUUCUGAGAUGAUGUGAACUUAUUUUUCUAAACACUAUACUGAAUAAACUUUAUAUUUAUACACA